UAAACUUUAUCUUUUUUCCAGAAUAAAAAUGUCCUCCCGAAAGACCGCCACCCGUCGAGGAACAACUAAGAAGCGUGCCCAGAGAGCCACCAGCAAUGUGUUCGCCAUGUUCAACCAGGACCAGAUUCAGGAGUUCAAGGAAGCUUUUAAUAUGAUCGAUCACAACCGAGAUGGGUUUAUUGACAAGGAAGAUCUUCAUGAUAUGCUUGCUUCUCUCGGCAAGGAUCCAACUGAUGAUUAUCUAGAAGAGAUGAUGAACGAGGCUCCAGGUCCAAUUAACUUCACGAUGUUCCUGACAAUGUUUGGAGAAAGAUUGCAGGGAACAGAUCCUGAAGAGGUUAUUAAGAAUGCUUUUGGAUGUUUCGACGAGGAGAACCAGGGGAUGAUGCACGAGGAUAGGCUGAGGGAGCUUCUAACUACUAUAGGAGACAGGUUUACUGAUGAAGAUGUGGAUGAGAUGUAUCGUGAGGCCCCAAUCAAGAAUGGAAUGUUUGACUACGUAGAGUUCACUAGAAUCCUCAAACACGGAGCUAAGGAAAUUAAACUUUUUGUUAAAAAUUUGAUGGGGCAUAAUUCAUACAGUUUUAUAUUGACUGCUAUAAGUAUCAAUAUUAUUACAUUUAAAUGUAUUAUUCAUGUUGACUAUUGAGAGUAAUUUAGAUUU